CACCACCCCAGGAGUCCAAAGCACAGAAAGAAAACACUGAGCUUAGAGCGCACCCCUGAGUGUCCAAGAAAAGACAAAAACACAUGAGGAAUCUACUGCUGGGAUGCUGACUGUGAUGAUAGAAGAUUUUUGCUGGUCUCCUUAACUUUCCAAGCUUGGGAAAACAAACUCUUUGCAGUUUCUCGUUCACAGGCUUUAACAUUAUAUGGAUCUAAACAGCUGAGAGCAGCUUUGAGUGAAUGCGUGUGUGGACACUUAUAGACUAAGAAGAUGAGUUCCAGAAGACUGAUGAACCGUUCGCUCUCGAGUGAUGGAAGGUUCUACCAUGGUGGCAAUGAUAUCGGCUCUCAGAAUAGAAGGGCUGGCAGUAUGAGCUACCUGAGCAGUGUUCGCUCUGAAAGCAGCUAUGCUGGCCAUAGAUUCUCUCAGUUCAAGCCAUCCAGGAGCACUCUUUGCAGUGUCAUGGCUCAAUUAACAGAGGAGAUACAGCCAACAUUUGAGACCACAUUAAAAUCCAAAGCUGUCUCUGAGGAUACUAAUGUCAAGUUCAGCUGUGUGGUCUCAGGCUACCCAGUCCCUGAGGUGACAUGGUACAAAGACGACAUGCAGCUGGACAGAUACUGCGGCCUUCCCAAAUAUGAAAUUUCACGUGAUGACAAGACACACACACUCCAAAUAUACAACUGUACUCUGGACGAUGCUGCAAUUUACCAAGCAUCAGCACAGAACAGUCGAGGCAUCGUGUCAUGUUCAGGGGUGUUGGAGGUGGGAACAAUGAGUGAGUUCAAGAUUCAUCAAAAUUACUUUGCAAAGCUUAAACUACGAAACGAGAACCGACGUCGUGAGCAAGACGAGCCUCAAAAUGCAGGCAAAGAGAAUGUCCCAGCAGUCCUCGAAGAUGUCAGGAUGAGCAGUCCUGAAAGAGCGCAAAGGAAACGUAGGUCCCCCAUGGAGACCAGAGGGGCUGGCAGCCCUUCAGAGGACAAAGCCAUGGAGGUGGACGCCCCCAGUCAAACACCUCCUGUUCAAGUGACAGCAGCAGCAUCUGUUCAUGAAAUCUCGAACUCUGAAAUAAUCACAAACAGAGACAAAGACAGCCAGGGACUAAUGUAUAUCCAUGAUUCUGUGAACAAUGUCUCCAGCAAACAGAAUAAUGAGCAUUAUGUCAAAAAGAAGAUCAAAAUCUCAACGGAUGCAACAGAGAAAAUUAAGGAAAAUAGACAGACUGGAAGAAGGGAAGAGAUGAUGAAUGAGAGAGAUGGGGCUUCCACUGAGAAGAUGGAGGUACAGAACACGGUCGCUAAGAUCACCUCCGUGACUGAACAUGGAAACAAAAUGGACAGUGAAAAACUGUCAGUGAAAGCAAACAAAAGUGCCUCCGAAGAAUCAAAGAAAGCUCAGGUUGCUGGGAUCACUUCAGCGACUGACUCUAGAAACAAAAUGGACAUAACAGACAGACAAAAAAGUGAAAAACAACCAGUGAAACUGAAUAAAAGUGUCUCAGAAAAACCAAAGGGAGCUCAGGGUGUUCAGAUCGCCUCAGUGACUGAAUCAAGAAUCAAAGUGGACAUAACCACAAAUAAGAAUCAAAAAUGGUCAGUGAAGGCUAACAAAAGUCUCUCAGAAGAAUCAAAGAGAGCUCAGGGUGCUCAGACUGCCUCAGUGACUGAAUCAAAAAACAAAAUGUACAUAACACACACAAAAACAAAUGAAAAACAGUCUGAGAAAUUGAACAAAAGUGUCUCAGAAGAAUCAAAGAGAGCUCAGGGUACUCAGAUCACCUCAGUGACUGAACCAAGAAAGAAAAAUUACAUAACAGACACAAAAACGAAUGAAAAACAGCCAGUGAAAGUAAACAAAAGUGCCUCAGAAGAACUGAAGAGAGCUCACUAUGCCUCAGUGACUGAAUCAAGUAACAAAAUGGAUGUAGACAUAAAAAGGAGCGAAAAACAGAAAGUGAACAAAAGUGUCUCAGAAGAAUCAGAGACAGCCCAGGGUACUCAGAUUACCUCAGUGACUGACUCAAGAAACAAAAUGGACAUAACAGAUGCAAAAACUACUGAAAAACAGCCAGUGAAAGUAAACAAAAGAGCCUCAGAAGAAUCAAAGAGAGCUCACCAUGCCUCAGUGACUGAAUCAAGUAACAAAAUGGACAUAGACACAAAAAUGAAUGAAAAACAGUCAGAAAAAGUGAACAAAAGUGUCUCAGAAGAAUUGAAAAGAGCUCAGGGUACUCAGAUCACCUCGGUGACUGAAUUAAGUAACAAAAUGGACAUAACAGACACAAAGACAAAUGAAAAACUGUCAGAGAAAGUGAACAAAGGUGUCUCAGCAGAAUCAAAGAGAGCUCAGGGUGCUCAGAUUGCCUCAGUGACUGAAUCAGGAAACAAACUGGACAUAACAGAUGCAAAAACUAAUGAAAAACAGCCAGUAAAAGUAAACAAAAGUGCCUCAGAAGAAUCAAAGAGAGUUCACCAUACCUCACUAACUGAAUCAAGUAACAAAAUGGACAUAGACACAAAAAUGAGUGAAAAACAGUCAGAGAAAGUGAACAAAGGUGCCUCAGAAGAAUCAAAGAGAGCUCAGGGUACUCAGAUCACCUCAGUGACUGAAUCAAGUAACAAAAUGGACACGAAAAUGACUGAAAAACAGUCAGAGAAAGCAAAAGAAAGUUUCUCAGAGUCAAAGAGGGUUCAAAAGCCCAUUACAGCACAGAAACAACUGCCACCGAAGUUUUCCAUGAUGACCCAGAUGAACAAGGUGGUUGAAAGCACAAAGCUAACUGAAUCUGACAAAGGGACAUCAAACCUCCAACCUCAAGUUCUAGAUUCUAACCAGAGCUGUAAUCGAGGAGUUAAAGAUAACAAGCUCACGGAUUUUGAUGAUCGCGGAAAUAAUACUCCAGUAGGUACAUGUGUGAGGAUCUUUCCUCAUUCCUGUGGUGGGAAUGACGUCAAUGUGGACACAGGGGAGAGGAAUGCGUCUGCACGCUCUCUUAGGAGCUUGGCUGCAGGUGAUACUCCCAUUCAACCCACAGAGCCAAUUUGUGAAGACGUUCUUUCUUUUCAGAAGGAAGCGCCCGUGGAUUUAAAGCAGCAACCCUCAUUGAUGCGUGAGGUCACUGAGAGUGUUACGGAAACACUCAGUUCCUGCCACCUUGCAUCACAGGGAAAGAAGCUGAGAACAGGUGAUCAGUCUGUCGCAUCAACAAAGAGCAAUACACUUGUCACUAAGCCUCAAAACACUCAGCCAAGUGAGAAAAUCUCCUCAGGUCAUGUUUCACACAUGCUUCAAGAUGGCCAAGUUACAACAGCCAUGAGCUCCUCGUUAGGAGAUGACACAUCAACUACCAUGUGUGAGAAGGAUAGCAAAGCUGAAAACCAACUCAUUAAAAAGUCUGAUGAACUUAAAGGUGAAACAAAACUUGCAUCCAUGGCGUUGAAUAGUAUGGAAGACUCAAAUCAUUCCACAAAUCAAAUCAUCGUCACAGAAUUUGUACAGCUUCGCAAAACAAAAUCAGAUGUGGUGCAACCACAGACAAUGAACAACUCCUCAAUCUCUAAUGUUAAAAUAAAAGAUAAUGAGGCCCAAGAGUGUCAGAGCGCUUCUUUUGAAGCUAUAGACAAUGUUGCUAAAAUGGACAUACAGCAACAAUCUAAUGUAACCACAUCUGAACUACCAAAAUCAACUCAGAGCUACUCUUCAAAAAAAGGCAAAGAUCAUUCUGGCCCCUCUACAUUCCUCCCCCAACAUUUAAAGGUUUUACCCACAGAAUUUACCAUUCCUGCAAUAUAUAUUACAGAUAUGGACAGCAUAUCUCAAAAUGGUACAGAAACAAAACACGCUGUAGAUGCUGUUGAAACCACUGAAACUGAAGAGAAUACAGUGACCUCUGAAGUGACAAACAGCAAGAUUGUCAGUCAAAUAAGUAAUAUAUCUGAAUGCACAGACACUAUGAACAAAACAACAACUGUUUCGGAAUCAGAAGGUCUGCGUAAUGACCACAUGAAAACCUGUGACGCUGACUUAGCUGAAAUUAGUCAUCGUACAGAAACAGAUCUUGAUUUGGAAACUAAUUCUGACUACUUCAUAAAACAAUUAAAGUUGGCUGCACUGGACCUUGAUAAGUCAACUCAAAGCUCCACCACAGCCAAGAUAAAUGCUGCACCACAUAUAGAUGUGAGUGACAAUGUUAAAUGUGGUGAGGAAGUAAAUUCUGCAGUGACAGAGCUCACUGCCUGUAAGGUAACAAUUCCAUCCGAGACUACAGACCAGGUCUUCAACUCUACUACUGCCACCAAGACAGAUCAAAAGUCUACAUUCCCCAGGACUAAAACGGAAAAGAGUGAAACAGGAAUAGCCGUAUGUCUUGAAGAAGCAAACAGAGAUUCAUAUCAGGGGGACAAAUUAUCAUUGAAGACACAACCUGAAUCUCCAUUAGAAUCAGCCAGUAACUCACCAGCGAAGACAUCAUUGGAAACAUACUCCCCUCGUCUCACCCGGAGGACUGUCCAGGCUGACCUCCCCAAACCUGCAGGAAAUGAUAAUGUUAAACCCCAAUCAAUGGAUAAAGACAAAGAAAACCAAUUUAAAGUCCCACAGGUUAUCCGUAAAAUCCGACCGGAGGUGUUUGAUGCCUCUGGACAUCUGAAACUCUGGUGUCAGUUUUUCAACAUAUUAAGUGAUUCAACAAUAAAAUGGUACAAAGAUGAAGUGGAAAUUGCUGAGAUAAAGAGAAGUGCAGGAGACGAGACUCAAGUGUGCUUGGCUAUUAUACGGAUGUCCAAAAGAGACUGUGGUGUUUACAGAUGCACCAUUACCAAUGAAUAUGGCAAAGAUUCCACAGAGUAUCUUCUCAGUGCAGAAUUUCUGUCCAGUAUGUUUCUGCGUGAGGAGCUCCAGGAAGUUGGGGAGGAGAUUGAGAUGACUCCUCUAAUCUUCAGUAAAGGUCUUGCUGAUGCAGGCUGCUGGGGCACAAAGUUUUACGGCCGUGUCACAACAGAAGAAGCUCAGGUUGGACUGGGAUGUGAGCACAAAACCAGACGGCUGAAAGUGAUCUACGGAUUAGAUCCUGUGUUUGAGUCGGGCAGCUCAUGUUUUAUGAAAGUGCGAAGCCCAAUUGCAUAUGAGAGCAGAGAGGAGACUGUUUUAGCUGAAAGGAAUCUCCAAAUCACAAAACAGGACUGUAGAAUUCAGAACAUGGCCAGAGAAUACUUCAAGAUCUUUGCUACAGAGACGAGAGUGAUAGAGAGCUUUGGUGCAGCACUGGAGGUAAUCCCUCUAUACUUCAUGUACCUGCCAGCGAGCAGUAUUCCUUAUGCAACAGUGGAGGCAGAGCUUAAGGGUGUCUAUUUGCGGUAUUGUGGACUGGAUCGCUCAGGGUCACUGGUGUUUAACGAGAAAUUAGAAGUGGCACAAAAAUGUUCUUGUCUCCAGCACUGGAUUCACCAGUGGACGAAUGGAAAUGUGCUGUUCUCCAGACUUGAGGGAGUUGAUACAAUACUGACAAAUAUCGGAAUAGCAGUCAGGUCAAAAGGGUACCAGGGGUUUCCUUGUGAGGCUAAUCCAAAAGUUUUCGAGCAGUUUUAUAUUCAGCAUCAGUGUAAUUACUUCUGUGGCCUCUUAAAUCUCAAACCUCUCAAAGUCCCUGAAACACUUCAGACUUCACCCAGACCCAAGGACUCGAGCAGCCCGCUACUACAACGAAAAAUAGCACCCAGCUCCUCCAGUCCCCAGACCCCACGUAAGAGCCCCAAAGUAUCCCGCAAGCUGAACCCACAAACCUAACUUAAAUUAAAGUAGGCCAUAUACAUAGAAAAGCUAAAGGAGAAAGAGAAGUCUGUUUUUUGUUGAAUCGGAAGGUUGCUGCACUUACUACCCCAAUGUAAGUAAAAAAAACAUUCUUUUGAUAAAUGCAGCAUUUUAAAUGUCAUAUGUAAAUCUAGAAUCAUUACCUAAUCUUCUGUUGCAGUGCUUCUUACAGAAAAUGUUCUGUCCUCAGAGGUUUUUGAAAGGGUGUUGUAUAACUGUGUGUGAAAAUGUCAAGUGGAGCUGUAGCACUACCUCUUUGUUUAUUUUAAAGGAAGAACAGUGCUGUUGGCUGAUUAGCUGUUUGUAAAUAGUAAUUAAAAAUGAAUUUAGUUUGUUAUAAAUGACCUUUUAUUGUAUGAGAGCAUAUUAUUUAUAUUUGGUUGUGGAUUAACGUGCAUAAUGCACAUCCUAAAAAUGGAAAAAGUAAUUUAAAUUAUAAUCUUUAACUUUAAGAACCACUGUAAGCUUAUUGAAUGUUGUCCAUUAAAAUGCUUCAUAUUCUCAUGUUGUUUAAAUGGGUUUUGUGCAACAAGAGGGGGAAAAAUGAGAGACUGAUGAUAACGUUAUUAAAAUGGCAUGACUUAAAUGUUGAGUUGACAUUUGAAAUUGUAAUUAUGUCUGUUGUGUCGUCCGAUCUUAUCUCAGAUAUCUUAUCUCACAUUGCAUCACUGGAUCAUUUAAUCUAACACGCAUGUGAUCAGUCUGUAAAUUUGUCUUUGGUUUAAGAUGAAAAGAAAAAGGAAACCAUCCAAACAGUACAUAGAGAGUCUAAUUACUUAAAGGAAAAUGUGCUAAUUUAAUGUCAUAUGUUACAUCUCAUGGUGGAUUUUGACUUUAGGUCACAGAAUGGAAUUAAGACAAUUAAAUAGUCAUGCCAGAUUAAUGAAAUUAAUCCGCUGUAUUUCACCUUAUUUAUGAGACAAGUUUGUUUACAGUUAUAGAAAAGCAGUUUUUUUAACACAUUAUUGUUCGACCGUGACAGUCAUGACGCACAUCACAACGGGCUCCAGAACUGAUUUUAUUGGCCUUAACCCUCUGGUUUUGUUCAGUGAUAUAUAUAUAUAUAUAUAUAUAUAUUAA